AUGAGUACUAGAAGUAACAAAGAAAAGGAAACUAAAUCUCUGAUUAAAGAAACGCUCGCCGAGCUCUUUACCGAUGAUGAAUUUAUUAAUAAAUUACUAAAAAACUUUAACGAUAAGGUGGACAAAAAAUUGGAAGAAAUGAACCAGAAAAUUAAAAACAGUGAAAUUCAAAUAAAUAUGUUGGAGCAAAAAAUUGACCAACUUCAGCAAGCAGAAAAACUUAAAAAUAUUUGUAUUUAUGGCAUACCCGAAGAGAAUAAAGAAAAUCUAAAUCUCAAGAUCAUUGAAAAUAUGAAAAUAGCAAAAAUACAAACUAAUAACGAUGAUAUAUUAUCAAGCUACCGAAUAGGAAAAAAAAUGAAAAUCUGA